AUGGAUGAAAAAAAUACAAUUGGACAUGAAGGAAAACUUCCAUGGGCACUAUUACCGACUGAUUAUUACUGGUAUUUAACACAUGCAACAACUACAAAAGAUGCGUCAAAACGUGUUGCACUUAUUCUUGGACGUCUUACAUUUGAAGAUGUUAUUAAAUUCGAUAAAAAAUAUCUUUCGAAAUGGCAUUUGAUUGUUAUUACUAAGCAAUUAUCAGAAAUCUUUUAUAAUACUUAUGCAGAUUAUGAUAGAAAUCAUAUUGAUGUUGUAAAUUCUUUUGAUCAAGCCGCUCAUAAAGCGAAACAAUUACUUGACACACCGAGUUCUAUGAUUGAAUCUGUCUUUGUGUUUGGCGGUGUUAGACCAUAUGAACAAGCACUAGAAUCCAAACUUGUUCAACGAAUUUAUUUAACAAGAAUUUUUGCAGAAGUUCCUCAAUGUGAUACUCGAGUAUCAAAUUUUGAUUUAAGUGAUUUUCGACGAAUAAAACGAUCAAGUGAUGAAAUUCUUGCAGAACUAGAUGAUAAAAUAUUUGAAGAAAAUGGAUGGAAAUAUCAAUUUCAAGUAUAUGAACAAAAAGAUUUAUGA